AUGGUAUACACUUCGUUGAUCGAGGCUCCUCGUAAUUUCAAGGAGGGUGUUGACUGGUUGGUGGCGUUGAGAGGAACUAAUGGUAGAAAGAACCUGGCGGCUAUGGGCGCCGCAGUUUACGACUUUCUCGCGGACAAGCCUGUUGGUUUGCUGCUUGUGCCAUCUCUCGAGAAAGUCAAACGUCUUUCUAAAGAAUUCCUGGAGCAGAAGGAUCUUGAGGACAAGUCGUACGUAAAAGACCUGCUGGGUAAAUUCGAUGGGCCUAUGGACAAAAACUCUAGAUCCCUAAAACAUCUAUCGGGUAACUUCGGAAGCGAUUAUAAGAACGUCGUAAAGAGCAGGGGUUUCAAACCUGACGACAUCGCAAGGAACGUAGGUGCUAUUGUUUCUAAUUGUGAGAUGCUCUUGAAGAAUAUCAAAAACCCUGACCACUAUAAUUCCGCUUACAGUUCGGAAGCGACAUGGGAGGCGUCCUGCGCAGAGAACCCGGAAGCUUGCGCAGUGGUUCUGGUGGGGAUUGCGCCAAUGUUGUACGCAGGUCUAGUGUCAUUGUGGGAUGCGACCAAUCCUGUAAUGUUUGGAUCGACGACUACAGCCGAUGCGGAUUUACGAAAAUUAGUGAAAGCCUUAGGUUACGUGGAGCCGGAAUGCCGCGAUAGCCUGAAUCGUUUCAAUGUCCGCAGGGCGUUGGUCGAUAUGAAUAAAAUAAUACUGCCUACAAUCUACGAAAUCGCAGGAUUUUGGGCUUUCUAUUGA